AUGGCCAUGAAAAAGACAUUGGAAGGGAAACAAUUAAGAAAAGAAAGUAAACCUGAAAAUAAAACAGAAAAACGUCUCUCCUUUUUUUUGCCACAGCAGCCAGGAAAUAAAACAAACCGGAGAGAAUCUCUCCAGACAAACAAUACUACAGAGGGAGACAUCAAUAAGGGCCAAGAUACAGGCGAGGGAAGGAAGGAAUACAACCACCUGCUUAAACACCUGGAUAGUCAAUUUGAGAGGCUUAGGGAGGAGAUGCAAACCAAUACCAGGGAUAUCAAGAAAGAGUUAGCUGGCUUCUACAAACAGAUUCAGGGAACAGAGGAGAAAUUAGAUGCACUGGAACACAGGGAAAUAAUCUACAGAGAGGAAUAUCUUGCAAUGGAGAAUAAACUUAUAGAUGCUGAAGACAGAUCAAGGAGAUCAGAAUCAGAGGAAUACCAGAACAAGUAA